CAAGGUUAAAGGUUGAUAGAAGAGUCACAAGUUUUCAGAGGAAAGUAGCGGCACCAGUGAGCGGCAUCUGCGAACAGCAUUUGAAUUUUCUGGGUUGCGCUUCGGAGCAUACAGGAUAUUUCCGGAUUCCGCGCUAAAACGUCUCCAGUCUCCAUGGCCGAAUUCUUGUUCAAAUUAUCUUCAGAACGAUCCAGGGAUUAAGUAUGGUGGGUUGGGUUCACACCACAACACCGUUCUUCACAUGAUCUGUCAACUUUGGGUUUGGCGGCGGUUUGCUGACAAGCGUCACGAGACGGAGGUUAUGUAUGUCGAAAAACAUCAACGAAUUCGGACUUACAGAAUUCGUUGAUACACGUUAUCGAUGUACACGUACGCGUCAAGUUGUAUUUUCAUCAAGUGUUAGCGAAUACUUGUUGGCAAUAUGGUUUACCUGCACUUCCCAUCGAAUUUAACCGAAGAGGAAUUGAUGCUGCAGGCUAAGUACAACAAACUUAAACGAAAGAAAAAAGCCCUGCAAGCGCUGAAGACGCCAAAGCCGGAGCCAGAGCGUGCUCUUCAGAUUCCAAAAAGACCGACCGAAGCCAGAGAUGCCCGUGAGAUUGCUAAAAAAUUGAUAAAGUCCGGGGUCAUCACCGCCAUCACCAAGACACCCAAGCGUCCGGAGCAAUCGUUCAAGCGACCAAGGGGUUUGGAACGGAAGCUCAAUAGUACGGAAAAGGCUGUAAGUUCGUAUCAACCUUUCUCAGCAACCCAACCGGAGGAAGACGAUACCGAAGCAGCUAGACCAAGAGUGAAAGACCUGUACGAUAGUUUCGUCAGUGCUCGAGACCAAGAAGAUCGAGGGCAGCCCGAAAAACAGAUUCCGAUCAAAGUGGAGACAAAACCUCGUGUGGGAAAUACUAUAUUUGUUUGCGGGCACAAGAUUACUGAAGAUUUUUUGAGAAAACACUUCUCAACUUUUGGAGCGAUAAUGAACGUGUCAAUGGAAACUGAAAAAAACCGGGGAUUUGUAACUUUUGACAAGGCUGAGGCGGCGGAAAGGGCCAUCAGCGAAAUGGACGGCAGUAUGGUGUCUUCGAUUCAGCUGAAAGUUUCUUUAGCGAGAAGACAGCCGGUCAUAGACCCGAUCAACAACGCUACCUCCAGUAUGAUGUGGUCAACGCUCGCCGCAGGCUACUCACAAAAAAGUGCUUACAAGGACAGGAGAGUUCUCCUGGUUUACGACGAAGACAUUUUCCAAUGAACGGAAGAAGGUUCGGAUGCUAAACACUUAGAUUACCUUGAAAAUUUUCAUUGUGAUUUUCUGACCACGAAUUCAGCUGUGCAAUGACUGGUACCGUUGCGUAUCUUGAAUUUCAUGAGUAUAGACUGGGGGGGAGGGAUUCGAUCAAUUGUAAAAUAUAAUUCAACGGGGGAACAGAGACAGUGAGUUGUCGAGUUUCCUUGAAGUGUAAAUAAUUUACAUUUUAUUAAAACGUAACCAUCAACGAUAUAAUAAUAAUUACGAAAACUAACUAGGUAAAUCAAACUAGUACGGAGCUGUACCGGUCCUCUCUUAUCAUUAUUUAAAAUAAACAGAGUUAAUUAUUUA